GGCCGCAGAGUCGAGCCAAUAGUCACGAAAUGUGUCUGAUGACAGUUAUAUGAUGUGAAGCGAAAUAUAGUUUUGUAUCUCAUUUAUUUGUGUCUUCGUGUGAACCAGAAAUUCGUGGACAAAUAAAGUGCAUCAAGAAGCAAGUCCGUGGUUUAUGAAUGUCAGUCUUCCAAGUGUCUAGAAAACUGAACAAGAUUUGACAAGUGACUGACAAAUGCCGAUAAAAUAAAUAACUGUAAAAUUAAUAUUACUAAUCAAGAGUACAAUUUCUUCAUCGUACGGUGAUAAUCGAAACGAGCGUCUGUAUGCAGCCUGAAUUAAUGUACUGUAUUGUGAAGUGACUGUUAUUCUCGUAUUACUUCUUAAAGAGAACAUGAGUUGUGCAUUACUUAUCAUAUGUGUCAUCGACGGUAAGAAAGCUUAGAGGGAACUCUCAAAGCUAUUAAGACAAAGUUAAUGUUAUUAGUCAUAUAGUGUAUGUUUAAAAAAUUAGGUAAAAUCGACUGUGUGUGCGCGUUAUUUAAAACUGAGGAAGAACAAGACAUUUGUUACAUAAACCAUCGUGUGUCAAUCUGUGAACUUCUCCUUUGAAUUAUUCGGCGAGACUGUUAACACAGAGUGUGCAGUGGAUGGCAUUGUGACAUUAACUGACUAUUUUAAAGUACUCCAUGUCACUGAAUGUUUUCUGGAGUAGAGUUUUGGGAUUAGAACAUGCGAAACACUAAAAGGACUAGCGAAGCACAUGUGAACUUGGAACGUAACACAUUCUGAAGUAAACUACUGACUCACAUCACAACUUCACAUAGUUUCUGUUUGUUGACGAGACUUAAACUUCAGCGGCUGUGACAAGUCCUGUGGGUAGAUUCUAAGAACAGAGCCAUCAAGAGGACGGACUGUCUUGCACAGGAAGACCAUGGACUACUCGUAUCUGAACCAGGCGGGUUUCGACGCUUCCAGUUGUCUGAGCAACAUGCCUUGCUCGUACGGAGACCUCACGUCCUGCAGCCAGAUGUCCCAGGCCGCGUACCGCUACACCGCUGCCGCCGCGUCAAUGGCGAGGUCCUAUAACCCGGGUGCAGGUGUCGCCGGAGGAGCCGCUGCUGGGCACAUGGCCGGCGUCGGACAUCAUCACCCAGGCGCCCCGGGCUCCCAGUGCGCCGUCAUGGGCUCCAGACCCCAUCAUCAGGAACACGUGCACCAUAGGGCCCCCAUGUUUCCCUCGACCAUGAAUCUGCAAACUGGAUUGCCGUACAAGGUGUAUCCGGGACACGAAGGAGUACUGACGGAGAAACGGAAGCAGAGGCGAAUUCGUACGACAUUCACAUCGGCGCAGCUCAAGGAACUGGAACGGGCGUUCCAGGAGACCCAUUACCCAGAUAUCUACACGCGAGAGGAGAUCGCUAUGAAGAUAGAUUUGACCGAGGCGAGGGUGCAGGUUUGGUUCCAGAACCGACGUGCUAAGUUCCGUAAGCAGGAGAGGUUAGCACAGCAGAAGGCAUCUCAGACGUCUUCAACCGGAGGCAGUGGUGCUAGCACGUCGUCGCCUGGGGACAAUGUGACGGUAAGCGGUCAGCAGCAGGUGGUUAAGAACGAAUCAGGCGGCGGGAAGCAGACCGGAGGAGGUUCGGCAGUAUCGGGAAACCCCGGAGGCACAACCGGCAGUAACAAGGACGUCAAACCUGGUACCCCGACUGCUACAGUCUCUACCACCCCCAGCAGCGUCUCCUCCAACAGCAACGAUGUGAAGCCCAUGAAUGGAAACGCCAAACUCGUGGAUGACAGCGGGUCUGCAGGGGGCGCUAACAAGUGGUCGUCGCAGCAGUCUUGCGGUACGCCACUGCUGGUACAGCAGGCUGUCAGCAACAAGGUCUCUCUCACCGUGACCCAACAACAUCAGCACCAGCACCACGGCGGGAGCGGAGGAGGCCUCAACAAUUCGGCCAUUUCCCACCACCACCACCACCACCAUCAUCAUGCCGCCCUGACGUCUCCGUUCUCGUCUCUUUUGGGGGCGGCAGCGGCGGGGGGCAACUCUGCAAGCUAUCUCCUGGGGGGUCCAGGUGACCCCCUCAGCCUCAACAAAGUCGUCAACUCAGCUGCCACGGCGAACCAUCUUUUCUGAGAUUUAUCCAUCUAGGGGCGUCUUAGUAUGGCGCUUUGGGGUGUGCAUCCACCCGAAAAAUGUGCUUGAUGAAGCAGAAUAGAAAUAAAACGUGACAUGACAGUGAUUUCCAAAUCUUUGCUGGCAUCAAAAAAAUGUUAACAUAACCGCACUUCAACACUAACAUCGUGACGUAAGCAUAAACUAUGUGCAGCCUGUGCAUUCUCUUGAAUUUUGGAUUAGCAAACGAAAACUUUCUCCUAAAAAUUACACUCUAAUUUUGUAAUUUGCUGUAAGAAUUAUGUACAGUCGGUAAGAAUGUAAAUUUUAUUCUUUUUUUAUUCCUACGCUAUUUACUUCAAAACGCAUUCAUCUCUCCAUACUCGUGAAUCCGAUAUUCGCACAUUUAUGACUCCCAAAUAAGUGAUGUUAGUAAUGCAAGUGAAAAUUCAAAAGGAAUUAAGAAAGAAAAUAAAAUAUAUUCAUACUUCAUUAAAAUGGUAUAUAGGACCCUGAAUAUAUAUUCAUCACAAUCCAAGCCUUCGUUGGUGGAAUGCAUAAUGCUGGUAUGUGGAUCAGCGUUUUAGGGGUUCUUAAGGUUAAGAAUUUAUCCCAGUGGAACUUGAAAGAGCUGUAUCGUGUCAGAAAUCUCUUACACCCGGAAUAAAAAUAACGGAGAGCUUCGACGUAUGUCUGGAUUAUGUUGUCUGAAUACAAAAUAAUGAACAUGUCUAUAUUUUUUAAAAAUAUAUUACUAGAUCAAGGACCCUGAUGAUGGAGGCAGAGACAUUCUCCGAAGCGUUGGUUUGUAGCUCCGUACUUAAAUAGCUGAUCGCCCUAGAAGAAUUCAUUGCAUUCAGUAGAGGAAUAUUGUUGCUCCAUGUAAGCAAGAAUGUCUUUUCUACAUGACAGCGUUAUUUCUGUUUCACUUUGUUAGUACUUCGUUCCUCGCAAUAGAUGUUUUGUUUUUGGUUCUCUGUAAAAGCCAGUGACAAGGAAAAUCCUGAGCCCAUCUAAGUUCUACGCUUAUCAGUAAAGUUCGUUUCAGAGAUAAGGCAGAGAAUUGACGUUGUGAAAAAGACAUUUAUUGUUCGGAUUGUAUACCCCAUCAUCUGUGAAAUACUUCAGAUUUGAUCCGUGUUUUCCUAUUUGUAAAGCACUGUUUAGUGUGUGUCCAAAUAACUUCUCGGAUCGUUAUGUUAUUAUCAUUUCAUACAUUAUCAAAUAACAGUUAAAAGUGAAGGGUGUUUAUUAUAAGGUGUGCCUAAUUCUAGGUUACCUUUACUCCAUCUGGGCCCAAUUUACGAAGGUAAUCCAGAUGGUUACAGUAAUAAGGAAUGCAGUGAUAAUCAGCAUUAAGAAAUGUUAAUGUAAUUUUAGAGGAGUAUAAUGAUUUUUGAAUUUAUUUUGAAAGUGCGAGUACUUAAGACUGCCACCAUCGCAGGAAGAUGAUUUCAUAAACAUUUUAGUGGGUAUAUAUUAUGAUAUUAUAACUGUUCUUACAAGAAAACCUUAGGUUCGUUUUCUCUGUUGCCGAUUUCUAGCCUCUGCAUUCAGGCGUGCUGGAAAAGUUCCAACGAACUAGAAGAGUGGUGUGUCCUUGCUUGCCCGAAGACAUUAAAUAAUAAUCGUCAACCGUCCCUUCUUUACUUUAGAGUAGGCGUAAAUUGUAAAUUACUGACACAAGAUAAAAUUUGACUAUCAUUUUGCAUAACAUUUGGUGGAAAGCGAUUUGAUGCAGGAAAUUUAAUUUUGUAAUAUUAUGUAAAGAUGUUUAUUUGUCGUCAUAAAAUUUCAUAAGUUCCAGUGUAUGGUUGUAAAUCUGUUGAAGAAUAUCAAUAAACUGUAGAAUUUAAUGGAUUAA